CGCGCUGUACCGUUAAACAAACUGCCAGCAAGUUUCACUGCAGUAUUUAAUAAGUCGUCAGACUUUUUGUCUGAAUAGAUUAAGAGCACUUGCAAGUGGGAAAAGAAACGUGGGAGUGUUUUUCUGUCCUCCUUUUUUCUGCCCCCCCACAGAGGUCACCAUGUCACCGCGCCUGGAUGAGCGCACACACGUGUGCACUGUGCGGAAAACCAAAUGACCCGCUGCGUCCCCUUUUUUGCGUGAUUUUACUGUCUUUGGAAUACCUUUUUGAUUAUUGAUCAUCAUCGAUCAGGUUUUAGUUUCUUAGCAACAGGAAGACAUCUGAAGGCUGCACCAGAUGGAGCCUCCAGCCAGCCCGGGAAAGGAACCGGCGGAAUUGGAGUUAACUGUGGAGAAUGUGGAGUCGGCUCUCUACCAGCUGUACUUUGAUCCAGACAUAGAGCGUAAGAAUGUCGCCCAGAAGUGGCUGACCCAGGCCCAGGCCUCUGCACAGGCAUGGCAGUUCUGCUGGGCCCUGCUCAGCCCUGAUAAGAUCCCAGAAGUUCAGUUUUUUGGUGCAAGCACGCUCCACAUCAAGGUUUCCUGUCACUGGGGUGACCUCCCCAAAGACCAGCAUGAGACCCUGCGGAUGCAGCUUCUCUCUCGUAUAUUACACUUCUCCUCUGGCCCUAAAAUGGUUCUGACCCGUUUGUGUGUAGCUUUGGCUUCGAUGGCGCUUAACUUAAUCCCCCAGGCCUGGUCCCACCCAGUUGCAGACAUGGUAAGAGCCUUCCGACCACAGAAACCUGAUUCUGAAGAUGGCUCUGGCGCAAAGGCCACUCAGGAUCCCCAUUCCCAUUGUCUUGCCCUUCUGGAGCUUCUCAUCGUACUUCCAGAGGAGUUCCAGAGCAGCCGUCUGGCUCAAGCUCGCCGCACCCAGCUGAGGGAAGCUCUGGCUGGGGAGUGGCCUGUGGUGUGUCCCAUGCUGAGGCAGCUACUGCAAAGCCAGGACUCAUCCAAUCAGGUGAAGGAGAAGGUGCUCCGCUGCCUGUCCAGCUGGGUGGGGCUGGAUGUGCCAUUAGGGGAGAGUCAGGAACUGGUUCAGGACUGUUUCAGUGCACUGUCUAACCCAGAACUGUUUGACACGGCAGUGGAGACCAUAGUUAGCGCCAUCUCACAGCCUGACUGCCAGAGGUACAUUGAUGCUCUUCUGGGCCUGAUGCCUCAGGUGCUGGGUCUUUAUGACCAGCUGAAGACAGCUGCUCAGGAUGGGGACAUGGAGACUUCACAUGGUAUCUGUCGCAUUGCAGUAGCGUUGGGGGAAACACACUCCAGGGUUUUGUUGGAACAGCUGGAUCACUGGCAAGCAUAUCUGGCUUUGGUUAACAUGAUUCUGUUCUGCACCGGCAUGCCUGGACACUAUCCAGUUAGUGAGACCACAAGCUCCCUCACGCUCACCUUCUGGUACAGUUUACAGGAUGACAUUUUGUCCUUUGAGGAAGACAAGCAGACUGUUUACCUUCAGGUUUACAGGCCUGUUUAUUUCCAGCUGGUAGAUGUCCUACUACAUAAGUCCCACUAUCCCUCUCAAGAGGAGUACGCCUCCUGGACUUCUGAUGACAAAGAACAGUUUAGAAUUUACAGGGUGGACAUCUCGGACACUUUAAUGUAUGUAUAUGAGAUGUUGGGAGCAGAGCUGCUCAGUAACCUCUAUGACAGGCUGGGUAGACAGCUGAUGGACCCGCAGCAGUCAGCGGUAUGGCAGGACACUGAGGCUUUGUUGUUCGGCUUCCAGUCCAUAGCUGAGACCAUAGAUGUGAACUACUCUGAUGUUAUUCCUGGUCUGAUUGGCCUUAUCCCCAGAAUCAACAUCAGCAACAUUAUGCUGGCUGACACAGUCAUGUACACCAUAGGGUCGCUAGCUGAGUGGCUGGCUGACCAUCCAGUGAUGUUGGGUGGCAUAUUACCCAUGGUGCUCCAGGGCCUUGGGAAGGCAGAGCUCUCUGUGUCCAGCGUCUCCACACUGAAGAGGAUCUGCAGGGAAUGCAGGCACGAGCUGGGUGUCUAUGCUCAGGACAUCCUCACUGUCUCACAGGAUGUGCUGGUUAAAGAAAUUCAUAAGAGCAGCCAGUGCAUGUGGCUGAUGCAGGCCUUGGGUUUCCUGCUGUCCGCCCUACCAGCCGAAGAGAUAUUGGUCCGAUUGCACUCGCUGAUCACCCCUCAUGUCCAGCAGCUGGAUACACUGGCCCAGCAGGAGCCUGAUCUUACCAACAAACAGAGCAUCAUCCACAUCUUGGGGUUGCUGUCCAGUCUCUUUACCACUCUGGACAUCAACAGACAUGCAGAUGACUUUGAGGCAGCAGCUGGUCCCAGACUCACACCCUCACAGAGCGCACAAAACCCAGUUGUAGUUGUGCUGCAGCAAGUGUUUUCUUUGAUCCAGACCAUCCUCAGUAAAUGGCUUCAUGACUCAGAGGUGGUUGAGGCAGUAUGUGGGGUUUUUGAUAAAUCCGUCCGAACCCUCCUACAUGAUUUUGGGCCCAUGGUUGCUCAGCUGAGUGAGAUGCUGGGGCAGAUCUAUUGCACUUUUCCCCAAGCCUCAGCCCUUGACCUGGCACGCCAGAUGGUUCACAUAUUUUCUGGAGAGGAUCAUCACAUCUCUAACAUCAGGAGCCUCAUUGAAGCAUUGACAUCAACCACACUCACUAUUUUUCAACAAGGUCCAAGGGAUCAUCCUGAUAUUGCAGAAUCAUUUAUGCUCCUCCACGCUCAGAUUCUUAAAAGGAAGCCUGAUUUGUACCAGUCUGACCAGUUAGAUGUUAAAGCACUGUUUUACUGUGGGAUUCUGUCCAUCAAAUUUCCAGAGACACCAACAGUAAAAGCCGCCUGCCUGUUCUUUACAGAGUUCUUGGGACACUGUAAAGACAUGCCCUUGCUUGGUGAUGUGUUGCAAAUGGAUGGAAAGCUCCUGACAGAGACUGUGCUCCAGGCGAUCGGUGGCGGGUCUCCCCGCAGUUUGACGGAGCAGUUCUCUGAUGUCCUGCUGAAUCUAAACAGACAAUGUCCAGCCUUGUUGUCUCAGUGGCUGGAAGAAACAUUGCAGAACCCAGGGUUCCCCUCAGCCCACGUCUCCACAGAGCAGAAACGUACCUUCACUCAGCAAUUUCUAAGGGAACAAACCAACAAACGUCGUGUUAAGGAGAUUGUAAAGGAGUUCUCGCUGCUCUGCAGAGGCCUGCAGGGGUCUGGAUACUCUGAAUACUAAUCAGAGCUGCUGUGCUGUGUGCAGGGUUUGCUUUGAUCAGCAAGUUUUAGGCAGAAGCAAAAAUGAAGUUAACCUGCCCAUAAACAAGCUGAGUUUGUUAAAACGGGAUUGCUAAUGGGAAAGUAUAAUACCUGAACCAAAUCAGAAAAUGCAGUACCUGGACUGUUAGUAGGAAUUUUGGGUCUCUGUCUGACAUGUUUUUAAUAAAAACACCUAUCACUUUAAAGCAGGAUCAUAUUUAAAGUGUGACAGUGCUGUGAAUGUACAUCAACUGACAAAAUAAAUGUUUUUUUUUUUGUUGCGAAUGCAUGAA